AUGUCCAUCUUCGGGGAGGUGGAGGACAUCCCUUCAAUGCUGGAGCGCGGCGUGCUGUCGCUGUCGCAGCUGAACGUCAGGGAGGAGCUGGUGGCGUGCUUGUGCCUGUCCAACUGGCCGCCCAGCCCCGGCGUGCACCCCUCCGCCAGCCCCGAGUGGCUCAACCCGCUGUACGAGCUGCAGCUCAGCCCCGCGCGCACCAUGCACGUCCGCCUGCUGCUCUGGCACGACCGCUACGCGCUCACGUGCGCGCGCCUCCUGCUGCACUCCGUGUUCGUCACGCUGCCCGCCCUGGAGCAGCUGGUGCUCGUGGUGCCCGCCAAGACGCCCAAGAACGACGUGCUGUGGAGCCUGUUCGACGAGGAGCUCGCCAAAGGCUUCAAGACGGCCACCAACCUGCAGAGCCUCCUCAUCUGCCGCAGGGAGUUCUUCGUGAGGAAGCUGCGCCUGCGCCCCGCGGUCUGUGAGGACAACGACGACCUGCUGCGCAUCUUCGACCAGAAGGCCUACCGCCUGCGCCAGCUGUACGGGGACUUCAACAUCGCGGAGCUCAUCUCCAACCCGGAGUCGCGGCAGAUCAUCGUGGCGGAGGGGCCCAAGCGCCAGACCAAAGUGAAGCAGGCCUGGGAGAUGCGCGUGCCCGUCAUCGGCGUCAUGGUGCUGGACUCGAACGUGAACCUGCCGCUGCUCAACGCGCACUUCCAGCUGCUGCCGUUCUACGGGCUGCGGCAGCCGCACACGCGCGACGUGCUCAACCUGGCCGGCUGGGUGAAGCCGCGGCCCGAGAUGGCGGAGGCACUGCACACCGCGCAGCAGGCCGCGGACGAGUCGGACGAGCCCGCCACGCUGGAGGAGGACUCGUCCUCCGGGACGUCCACCUCGGGGCCCCGGCGCGUCGAGGGGCUGGCGGCACGCGCCGCGCGCCUCAAGGAAGAGGCCCUGGAGCGCAAGCGGCGCCGCUGGACGGGCGCCGAGCACUACUUGUCCGCCAUCAGCCUCACCGAGGAGGAGCGCCUGGAGCCCGAGGACCCCUACAGGCUGGCCGACGUGACCUGGGCCAACGUGCAGGCGGGCACCGAGUCCUCCUCCCUGGACACGGAAUCCAUGGACUCGGACGACGGCCGCAUCUUCAGGUUCCAUCGAAAGAAAAAGGUCCGCGUCCGGACGCGCUCCGACAUGAUGGUCGCCAACAAGGGCGUCAUCGAGCUGCUGCCCGAGUUCCGGGGGCCGGCCAACGCGUUCCUCGUCGAGCUGUUCGUCAUCGACCAGCUCUUCGACGAGAGGCUCGCGCUGGACUUCCUGGCCGAGGCGUUCCGCAUCUUCUCCGGGCUGGACUACUGCACGCUGGCCGUCCCGCACGCCUUCCCCACCUUCCCGCUGCUCGACAACUUCGUGCGAGUGGCCCCGCGCGAGCGGAGACACUUCCACCAGGAGCUGUACGUGGCGCACCGCUCCGCCGUGCUCGGGUAUCGGGUAGCUGUCGCCACCACGGUCAAGGAGCUGGAGGUGCGCGAGGCCGUGCCCGCCGACCUGCAGGACGUGCUGCAGCUCAUCCGCACGCUCAAGCGCAGCCUGGGGCUCGUGCUGCGCGAGGUGCAGGCCGCCCUCGGCGUGGAGGAGGACCACAGCGGCUGGCUCAAGGCCUACGUCGCCUGCUGGCAGGACCAGGUCGUGGGGCUGGCCGUCAUCAGCGAUGAGGACGACUGGGAGUACAUGGCGUGCCACUACACGGUGGGGCGGUUCGCGGACGUGUCCCUGCUGGGGGAGGCCGACCACGGCGGCCUGCGCGUCUGCCUGCUGAGCCCCGUGUUCCAGCAGCGCGCCGGGCUCUUCCUGCGCGAGCUGCACCGCCUCAGCGCCAAGACCCUCCUGUACUACACGCUGUACCCGUGCGCGGACCUGUGGCGCGCCGACGACAAGGCCGCCAAGGACGCGGACGUGGCGGACGCCCGCGCCGGGCAGGCGUGUCCCCUGUUCCUGCACAAGCAGGCCCCCGCCGCGGCAGAGCAGCCGACGACGCUGCCGUGCCUUGCGGUCCCCUCCAUCCUGGACGAGCUGAUGCCCGUCGCGCCGCGACCGCCGCCCAACGGACUCCACCAAGUGGUCGUCGAGCAGCUCGAGGAGGGGGAACCGUUGUCGGCGUCCGAUAGGAGGGAGCCUCCCUACGCGUUGUUCCUCUCGACGCCGAGGCUGGUCGCCUUGCCCAAGGCCACCGUCAACGUGAGGGUGGUGGUGGUCGGGGCCUCGGACACGGCGCUGUCGUUCCUGGAGACGCUGGUGUUUAGCGCGCCGGAGGUGCGCUACAACAACCUGACCCUCGUGUCGGCGCACGGGCUGCGCGGCGAGACGGACCUCGGGCCGCUGGCAGACCGCUUCCUGCCGCACCGCGGCCGGUACGACUACCGCCAGUUGGCGCGGCUGCAGCUCGGGGCCUGGGUCAACGUGGUCACGGGGAUGGUCACCAAGAUCCACAGGGCCGAGAGGAUCGUGGAGGUGGACGGCAAGACCGCGCUGCCCUACGACUACCUGUUCCUGUUCUGCGGCCAGCAGUUCUGCCUGCCGAAGCUCGACCUUGAGGAGGACUUGCCCUGCAAGCACUACCCGACCGGCAAGGGUUGGCCUGCCUCCAUAGGGUGA